CUGGCUGAUAUAAUGAUUCACUUUCCGACCAGUCAAGAAGAAGUAACCUUGGCAGUUACUCCGAUGAAAGUUUGUUUCAAGAGUUACACUGAGGAAGACACGGUUUCUUCAAAGACAAUGCUUACGGAAAUACACCUAAAUCCAGACGAAUUCGACGACUUUCAAGUUGGAGUAGAUUCCGAAGUGACGUUUUGCCUUAAAGAAUUGAGGGGGCUCCUGGCAUUUUCAGAAGCUACCAGCGUCCCUGUCUCCAUCCAUUUCGACGUAGCUGGGAAACCCGUUGCUUUCAGCGUCGAAGAUAUGGUGCUGGAAGCCAGCUUUAUUUUGGCUACCUUGUCUGAGGCUGAAAAGGAGAGCGCUUCCCAGCAGCCUCCCUGCUCCUCACGCCCACGGGAAAGCUCCAAGACGUGGCCGGGUCAAUCUGAGAAAACCUCCACGGAUGAUCACAAGGCAGGGGCGGUUGCUUCCAAAAAGCCACAGCGGAAUGGAAACGCCCCGAACACAGAGUCAGCAAAACCCACAAGUCCUUUGGCAAAAAGAGAGAUUACGAGCAUUCCCAGAGUCACAAAGAAAGAUGCGACCGGCACGGGACGAAGAGCCGUGACCGAGACAGAGGACCAGGCAGCGCUGGAGAGAGAGUUUCAUGAUGAGAAGUUUCAUUCCUUAUUUUUUGGAGCAGUUUCUUGUAAGGACAAGGAUGGUGUCGGUCACACCUUCUGUAGUUUAGCAACAGCCAGCGACACCGAAGAGGAUUUUGGCAACCUGCAGAGUUCCCAAGUUCUCUAG